CUUUUCUCACCUCUGCCAGCUCGCUCGCCCCAUGGCACUUCCCCCUGGGGUGGCACACUAAACGGGACGCAACCAGCAAGGGGCGGAAAACCCCAGGCCAGGAAGGAAUGGGAGCGCGAGCCCCCAGCCACUGAUUUGCUCUCUGCCCCCUGGGAGCCCCAUAUUCUAGGCCCCCCCGGCUCUGGCUGGGGGAGUGGCGAGGGUCUUUUUCCUAAUGCACAUGUCGGAGUUGGAAUAAUCCCCGCUGCAGCUGGUGGGUGAAAUUGACACAAAAGAGCCCUGGAGGGUGAAACUGAGGCAGGCUGCCGGAUUUUUCAGCCAUUUCUUGCUGAGUUCUCGGGAGAUCUGAUCCGUCUCCGAUCAAUGCAGAGAGAGAUUCGUAAGCUGCGGGAGGGAAAGAGCCAGUGCGUGUGUGGGGCGGUAUAGGGGGGGACGGGCUGUAACCGGGGGCCCCGAACAAAAGGCAAAUCGGGCCACCAAGUAAGCCCCCCUCCCCCCGCACGCGCUCUUUGCAACCAAAUCCUGCUGGAGGAGCCAGGCUCUUCGGGAAUGCUUUGUGUCUGGCUGCUUUCGCUUUGGACUCCGCUCGGGAAGGAGAAAAAAAAUGGUGCAUGAUUCAAACCGGGAGAGAGGCGAUUUUCUGCAGCCUGAGGGGAGCGAAAAGUGGAAAGCUGGGGGAACGAGCGAUCCGGGUUUGCUUUCGCCCUUCUAGCUCUCCCCCAGUAUAAACACUCAUUUCCCCCCCUGUAGGAGGGGGAGAUUGUUGCCCGCCGAGCCAUGAACUGAAGCUGCUUCUUGGAUUGUUUGUGUUUUAAGUCUUCCGAGUGCCACGAGUGAGCGGCAGAUCCCUGGUGUUUGGAAAUCUCGCCGCCUUUGAGGAACGAGGUGGAGGCGGAGGGGCGCGAUGGCGUCUGGCUUUUCCAAUGGACCCGGUGUCCAGAACGAAGCGGAGGUGGUUCACCUCUGCAGGAGUCUGGAAGUUGGCACCGUGAUGACUUUGUUUUACUCUAAAAAAUCGCAGAGGCCGGAGAGGAAAACUUUCCAGGUGAAGCUGGAAACCAGGCAGAUCACUUGGAGCAGAGGGUCGGAGAAAAUAGAAGGAGCGAUCGACAUUCGUGAAAUCCAAGAGAUUCGUCCAGGAAAUAAUUCCCGAGAUUUUGACCGAUACCAGGAGGAUCCCUCUUUCCGGUCAGAUCCGUCUCACUGCUUCGUUGUCCUCUAUGGAAUGGAGUUCAGGCUGAAAACUCUCAGCCUGCAAGCCACAUCCGAGGAUGAAGUCAACAUGUGGAUCAAAGGAUUAAACUGGCUGGUGGGGGAUACUCUCAGGGCCCCCACCCCUCUGCAAAUCGAAAGGUGGCUCCGGAAACAGUUCUACUCGCUGGAUCGCAACCGAGAAGACAGAAUUUCAACUAAGGAUUUGAAAAACAUGCUGUCCCAGGUCAACUACCGAGUCCCAAACAUGCGAUUUCUGCGGGAGAAAUUAACGGAUGUGGAGCAGAGGAACGGGGAUAUAACGUAUAGCCAGUUCGUCCAGAUUUACCGGAACCUGAUGUAUGACGACCAGAAAACGAUCCAGCUCCCGUUUCUGGAAAGGUGUGCAGAGAGACUUGAGCACUCCAAGGUGUCCCUGCUGGAGUUCCAGAAGUUCCUACUGGAGUAUCAGAUGGAACUCUGGGCUACAGACAUCCUCCAGGUUCAGGAGUUCAUGUUUAACUUUCUGAGAGACCCACUGAGAGAGAUUGAAGAGCCUUAUUUCUCUCUGGAUGAGAUACUCACCUUCCUCUUCUCCAAAGAGAACAGCAUCUGGAACUCGCAGCUGGACACUGUGUGCGCAGAGAACAUGAACAAUCCCCUUUCCCAUUACUGGAUCUCCUCCUCGCAUAACACGUACCUGACGGGGGAUCAGUUCUCCAGCGAGUCCUCCUUGGAAGCCUAUGCGCGCUGCCUGCGCAUGGGAUGCCGCUGCAUUGAGUUGGAUUGCUGGGACGGCCCCGAUGGGAUGCCUGUGAUUUACCAUGGACACACCUUAACCACCAAAAUCAAAUUCUCUGACGUCUUGAUGACCAUCAAGGAACAUGCCUUCAUGACCUCUGACUAUCCUGUCAUCCUGUCCAUUGAAGAUCAUUGCAGUAUUGCCCAGCAGAGGAACAUGGCUCAGAAUUUUAAGAAGGUUUUUGGGGACAUGCUUUUGACCAAGCCGGUGGAUAUAUCCGCUGACGGGCUCCCCUCCCCGAACCAGCUGAAGAAGAAGAUUCUCAUUAAGCACAAGAAGCUGGCGGAAGGAAGUGCUUAUGAAGAGUUGCCGACAUCUGUAAUAUAUUCGGAGAAUGAUAUCAGCAACUCCAUAAAGAACGGGAUCCUCUACCUGGAAGAUCCCAUCAAUCACGAAUGGAAUCCGCACUACUUUGUCCUGACCAGCAGCAAGAUCUAUUACUCUGAGGAGACGACCGGCCACCAGGGAAACGAGGAUGAAGAGGAACCAAAGGAGGUGAGCAACAGCACUGAACUUCACUCUACUGAGAAGUGGUUUCAUGGCAAGCUGGGGGCCGGGCGUGAUGGGCGCCACAUAGCAGAGAGGCUGCUGAUGGAGUACUGCAUAGAGACGGGCGCCCCUGAUGGGUCUUUCCUAGUACGAGAGAGUGAAACCUUCGUGGGAGACUACACCCUCUCUUUCUGGCGCAAUGGGAAGGUGCAGCAUUGCCGCAUCCAUUCCCGGCAGGACGCCGGCAGCCCCAAGUUCUUCCUGACCGACAACCUGGUGUUUGACAGCCUCUACGACCUCAUCACCCAUUACCAGCAGGUGCCUCUGAGGUGCAACGAGUUUGAAAUGAAGCUGACUGAGCCUGUGCCGCAGACCAACGCCCACGAGAGCAAAGAGUGGUACCACGCCAACCUCACCCGGGCCCAGGCCGAGCACAUGCUGAUGAGGGUAUCGCGGGACGGAGCCUUCCUAGUUCGCAAAAGAAGCGAGCCCAACUCCUAUGCGAUCUCGUUCCGGGCGGAAGGGAAGAUCAAGCACUGCCGAGUGCUGCAGGAGGGCCAGACCGUGCUCCUGGGCAACUCCGAGUUCGACAGCCUGGUGGAUCUGAUCAGUUACUACGAGAAGAACCCGCUUUACCGCAAGAUGAAGCUGAGGUACCCCAUCAAUGAGGAGACGCUGGAGAAGAUUGGCACAGCGGAGCCAGACUAUGGAGCCCUUUAUGAAGGACGCCAUCCGGGAUUCUAUGUGGAGGCCAAUCCCAUGCCAACCUUCAAGUGCGCCGUCAAGGCACUGUUCGACUACAAGGCGCAGCGGGAAGACGAGCUAACCUUCAUGAAGAACGCCAUCAUCCAGAAUGUGGAGAAGCAGGAAGGAGGCUGGUGGAGAGGAGAUUAUGGGGGCAAAAAACAGCUGUGGUUUCCUUCCAACUACGUGGAGGAACUAGCCAGCCUCGGUGGCCAGGAGCCCGACAGGGAGCAGCAGCUAGACGAGAACAGUCCCCUGGGAGUCCUGCUUGGAGGCACCCUGGAUGUGCCAUCCUGCCAGAUAGCCAUCCGCCCCGAGGGGAAGAACAACCGCACCUUUGUCUUCUCCAUCAGCAAGGCCUCCAUGUCGCGCCCAUCCAUGGACGUGGCGGCUGACACCCAUGAGGACCUGCUGGACUGGGUGAAGAAGAUCCGGGAGGCAGCCCAGACUGCCGACGCCAGACUCUCUGAAGGGAAGAUGAUGGAGAGGAGGAAGAAGAUCGCCUUGGAGCUAUCAGAACUUGUCAUCUACUGCCGGCCCGUCCCCUUCGAUGAAGAGAAGAUUGGCACAGAAAGGGCCUGCUACAGGGACAUGUCGUCCUUCCCCGAGACCAAGGCAGAGAAGUAUGUCAACAAGAUCAAAGGCAAGAAGUUCCUGCAGUACAACCGGCUGCAGCUCUCCCGCAUCUACCCCAAGGGCCAGCGCCUCGACUCCUCCAACUACGACCCCCUGCCCAUGUGGAUCUGUGGCAGCCAGCUCGUGGCGCUCAACUUCCAGACCCCAGACAAGCCCAUGCAGAUGAACCAGGCCCUGUUCAUGUCCGGCGGCCAGUGUGGGUACGUGUUGCAGCCGGCCAACAUGCGGGAUGACCUCUUCGACCCCUUUGACAAGAGCACGGUGCGCGGGCUGGAGCCGCUCUCGAUCUCCAUCGAGAUCCUUGGGGCACGACAUCUUCCCAAAAAUGGGAGGGGGAUCGUUUGCCCAUUUGUGGAGGUCGAGGUGUCUGGAGCGGAGUACGACAAUGCCAAACAGAAGACGGAGAUCGUGGCGGACAAUGGCCUGAACCCCCUCUGGUCGCAGAAGACCUUCAAUUUCCAGGUCAGCAACCCCGACUUCGCCUUCCUGCGCUUCGUGGUAUAUGAGGAGGACAUGUUCAGUGACGAGAAUUUCUUGGCGCAGGCCACGUUCCCAGUGAAAGGCCUGAAGACAGGGUACAGAGCUGUGCCGUUGAAGAACAACUACAGCGAGAACCUGGAGUUGGCCUCCCUGCUUGUUAAAAUAGAGAUCUUCCCUGGCAAGCAGGAAAAUGGAGAAAUUAACCUCUUCGGUGCCUCAGCCCUCCGAGAACGGACAGGAGACCCUUCAAGUCAGCUCCUGACAAACCGAGCCCGGGAAGGGUCCUUCGACGCCCGCUACCAACAGCCAUUUGAGGAUUUCCGGGAGCAGCUAGCGGACCAUUUUGACAGCCGAGAGCGAAGGGUACUGCGAAGGACCAGGGUGAAUGGGGACAACCGGGUCUAGCCCCACUUCACCUGCUGAAAAGCACCUAUAGUGCUUGUGAUUAUCACGGAACGCUGUGAACUGGUUUCUAUGGAAACGUCACUGCUUUGGCCUACUUUCAGGCAGCUUUUCCAGUUUCUCUGCUGGUGUGUGUGUGAGUGGAGAGAUUAAAAAAACCUCACCACCCAACCACCUUCUACUACCAAGCCCAUAAUGAAGUGUAUUAAUGUGCAUAGCCUGUCAGCUAUUAAAGCUGGAGACAAAACUGUGUCUAUAAUCAAACAAACUCCCUUUGAGCCUAUAUCCUGAGAAUUCUAGAUCCCGGUCCUGCUCAGAAGCUGGUAGGGAAGCUUUUUACAGCAUUAACUCGAUGUAAAUGUUUCCCACUCCCUUGAGUGACCUGCCUCUUCUUCCUCCUUUUACAUGCCCCCAUAGGGAGGUGCUUUCCUAAGAACCAGGCGGGAUGCACCUCAGCCCUAUUGUUGUAUCAAAGUACCUGUAUAGCCUCUGCCUCUGGGCCCAGUAGUGAAACUCAGUUUACAAGGCCCCUCUAGCUUUAAGUUACAAUAAAAAAAAGUCAGUGUUAAGUGUGUAACGUCUCCACUUUCUCGAGGUUUGCCUUAGCUGCCGAGUUCAUGCUCCACUGCACCUUGUGGGCUAGUGGCCACUCUUCAGUGCCUGUCAAGCCAGCAGCUAGCUGUGGUUUUUGCGUGCAGUCUCUUUUACACCUUCAGGCGGACCUGGAGCUCGCGCGCUCUCCCUGCCUUCAUGUUGCCUUGUAAACAGUUCAGGCAGCGGGUCUGAAGGACUGUGGGUUAUCGCUCUCUGUCGCCCAAACUGCACAUCAGGUAGGGAACGUGUGCCGUGGACUCCCAAUGGAUGGUGUAGCAAGAAAAUGGAGUGCAGAAAGCCGAGGCUCACCAGAGAAGCAACAUGAGGUACUGAGGCUAAUUCAGCCCUGCUGGCAGCAGGUGCAGUUCCACAGAAGUUUCUUCCUAUUUGGUGUGCAGCCACCAGCCUGGUGGUUUCCUCUAAAGGAACACUCCAGGCUGCUGAAACCUGUGACUGAGUAGCUCUGUUUUAGGUUAGGAGCUGGCAGUUGCAAAUUCUGCUUUGACUGGUGGCUUCUCCAGCUGAGAUUUAGACAAGUUCCUGCCACUCUUAUUUUGGAGGUGGCAAAGCUUUGCCUUUUCUUUGAGAGUGAGAGGAAGAAGAACUCUGGCCGAGUGUUGGCAUGAUCUGCAGAGGGAACGUGUCCUUUUCCAAACAGAGCGCUCCAGGGCUAGUGAUAAAUGGCUACUCAACUGCACAACAGUAACUCGUACCUGCUCUCUAGGCUGGGGCCUGAAUUUAGGUUAUUCCAAGCUUCCAAAGGGACUGUAUUUAUCAUGGGGGUGGAAAGACAAGGCAGGAUAACAGACCAUGCGACAGUUCCUGAGGCAGGCUGUAUGCUCUACUGCACUGCACUAUAUUGUGUUUGGCUCUUGACGUGUUACUUAAGAGCCAUACUCCCCAUUCAGCCUGAGGCUUGUGUUCAAGUCACUCUUUUAAAGACCAGA